AUGGCCUGGAGCCCUCUCCUCCUCGAGCUCCUCUCUCACUGCACAGGUACCUUCGCCCAGUCUGUGGUGACUCAGCCACCCUCUGUCUCUGCAUCCCCGGGAGCAUCUGUGAAACUCACCUGCACCCUGAGCAGUGACAUAAGUGUGGGCAGCUACACCAUAAGCUGGUACCAGCAGAAGCCAGGGAGCCCUCCCCGGUAUCUCCUGUACUACUCCUCAAGUACAAGUUUGGGAUCUGGGGUCCCCAGCCGCUUCUCUGGAGGCAAAGAUGCCUCGGCCAAUGCAGGGCUCCUGCUCAUCUCUGGGCUGCAGCCUGAGGACGAGGCUGAUUACUACUGUAUGAUCUGGUACAACAAUGUUUCCACAGUGAAGCAGGCAGAUGAGGAAGUGGGACAAAAACCCCAGGCUUUUCAGUGUCUCUGA